UGUUUUCUGCUCAGUUCUUCUCAGUUAGCAUAGAUGACAUAGAUAGGAAGUUGUCAUAUUCCUCGUUCAAACACUUGUUAUACCGUAAGCCAAGAGUAUAAUGGAAGAGCCACCGAACCAUAACGAUGUCCGAUCGGAGCGAUCAUCGAGUUUCUCUGAUGUGAACGAUUGUAGCAAUCUUUGGAACGAAGAUGAAGUGGUCAAAAUGGACAUCUUUACUGCUUGUUCUAUCGGCGAGUACAAUUGCCUACAGCAAUAUCUAGCAGACGGAAUGGAACUUGCCGAUCUCGAUAGACCUAACAUUGGCGGAUGGACGCCUCUCAUGUACGCUGCUUAUGUUGGGCACGACACCAUCGUUAAUCUGCUCCUCGACCAUCAUGUCGACGUGAACGCUCUCACAACGACGAGACAUGGAGCGACAGCGCUGAUGCUUGCGGCAAGCUGUGGGAACGAAUCUAUCGUGUACUUUCUGUUGCAAAGUGGCGCUAAGAUCGAUAUCCAGGACAAGAGGGGAUGGACUUGUCUGUUCUAUGCAACUUACCAAGGACAUCACAAUGUUGUGAAGUUGUUAUUAGAGAAUGGUGCUGAGAAGGAGAUAAGAGAACAUAGACUGGGCCUGACUCCACUUUUGGUGGCUGCAAGAGAGGGUCAUGAAGUCAUAUUUGAAGAGCUUGUCAGAUGUGGUGCUAACAUGAAGGCUCGUACAAAUCUUGGUGAAGACAUUCGGUCUGUGGCUUGGCAGCAAGGAAACAUGGCAGUUGUAAACAUAAUUGACCAGCAAGCAUUCCACAAUCUGCCAAACUAUUUGCUGCGAAGUGAACCUGGUCUUCUUCCUGAUGUCAAUGAACUUGCUGAGGAGAAAGUUCAUGGCUGGCUUCAGGGUAAAAAUGCAUUCCUGAACACCGGGAUCCGUGAUGGUCCAGAAGCCUUUAAAAAGUUGAUGAGCAGUCAAAACAAAGGUGGCAAGCCAGUAAGCAUUCCCACUAUAAUGGGAAAACAGGAAAGGAUGAGCCAUAUUGUAGGAAGCCCACAUCUUCACUCAAACACCCCAGGAACUCCUGAAGGCAAUGUUGGUAGUUUUGAAGAGCACUUCUUUAUCAACUGCGGCAGAACAGUUGAAAGUGCCAGUUUGCAUAAACAGUUACAGAAAGUGAACAGCUUUGACAAUGAGAACAACAGAAGCUCGCAAGUCCAAACCAAUGGAAUUCUGCCAAACAAACUAACUGUUGCUAGCUUUCUGCAGGAAUUGAAAUUGACAAAAUAUAUUCCUAUGUUUGACAAGCAAGAUGUGGAUUUUGGCACACUACUGACUCUGACUGAUAGUGACCUUAAAGAAAUUGGAAUUUCAUUGCUUGGACCAAGAAAGAAAAUACUAACAGCACUUUCUCGUUGGAAGGAACAAAAGGAACGCUCAAAUACUACAUUUAACAGUCAAUGUCUGGAGAAGCAUCAAUGGCAGGUUAGUCAAACAGAGGCACAGCUUUACCUUGCAACAUCUGAAGUGCAGAAACUCCAGAAACAGCUGGUUCAAGAAAAGGACUUGCGACUUUUUGUGGAGGGAUGUCUUAUAGAAGAAAAAGCAAAACGACAGGAGGUUUACAUAAGGGUGGGCAAGCUAGAGGAACACUGGAAGCAAAUUCAAGGCGAAGUGGAGAUAUUAAAAGCCCUAUGUCAAGAAAUGAAGGGAAACUAUAAUAAUUGGUUUCAGGAACAAGCUAAAGAAGUAAAUGGAAAAUUGGAAAGCUCAGUAGCAAAUCUGGAGAACUUUGCCCACUCAGGUAUAACUGGAACAAGCACUAUUUUAUGUGGACAUCAGCAAAGUCAAUCAGGAAAUUCCUCUGAAUCCUUGGGUAAUUCAAGUUUUUAACCCUCUUUUCUUAGCUCUCAACAGCAAGCAGACAGCUCUAGUUGCACAUCUGUUACUUUCCUUGCCAAAGUGACAGCUGGCACUCAAGUUGAAAAAUAUAAUACUGAUGAUUAUGUGAAGGUAAUGCCCACUGGUUGUUGCCAAGAGGGAGUGAUCUGAUAUCUCCUACAUAAAAGUGGAGAACUGGGAUAGUAGGACUUGGGGAACGGGGACAAUUCAGGCUAAGAAAUCAGCAACAGAAUGUGAUUAUCAAAAACUUGGAAAGAAGCCACUGAUCAGUGCCUGUUGAAUAAUUAGCACAUUAAUCAUUGUAUCAGUAUGCAUUGCCUAAUAUUGAAGGAGGAAAGUUUUUAUUUACUUUUUUUUGUUUUGGCUUCAGCAUUUCUAGCCUGACUUAGUAGCAACUCUAUUGGGACUGGCCUUCCUCUUGUUGAAAAAAAUAUGUCAGUGGUAGGCCCACUUUUUUAAGGCCCAAGUUUUCACUAGUGACUGAGUUGGAGCUGGAGUCAUAGUUGGAGUCAUAAGAGCGCUUACAACGCAGUGAAAAUCAAGAAGCAUCAUCAGCUUGAUGGAAUUGGAGUUGGAAGAAUCAGAACGUUUCCAUUUCUUCCGAUUCCAUUUAUGACUCCAUUGCUUAUGAUCCAGU